GUUCCGCUACCGGAUCUACUAAACGUUGCAACAACUCCACCUAACAACACAACUCGUGACACUUCUCCGUUCGGGGCUAUUGGGUUUCCUUGCUUCGUGGAAUCCCCUCAUAUGCCAUCAAUUGUAUCCGGUAUGCUGUCAGACGAGUGUAUCAGUCGAUCUUUGGACGCAAUCGUCUGCAAUUUCCCACAUCUGUCAAAGGAAAUGUUGACUAUGCCUUCUGCUUCUUCCUACGGAUGUGAUUAUCACCGUAUGCCUGGCUCUAAUUUGGCCUCCAUUUUACAUCUGAGGUCCAAUGAACGAGCCCAUUUGCCUGUUAGUUCUGCCCCUAACUCUCCAAGGGUGAACAAUUUGCAUCAAAAGCUGCCAAUCGCUUUCAUGUCGACGCCAACCAAACGCGCAGCUCCCGACUCUCCCACUGUUUUGUCACGGCACUCACCGGUGAGCGAGUACUGGAGAUGUAAG